CUCUAGAUGGAGCUGUGGGCUGAAGGUCCCACAUAUGUCUUUUCUCUCAGUCAUGCAGAGUUGUUGGUCCUUAGUUCCUUUCCUUGCUGGAGACGGCAGGGAAACAUCAAGAGCAAGGUAGGGAAGAUAAUGGGGAAGAGUUGCAAAGUGGUAGUAUGUGGGCAAGCAUCAGUUGGGAAGACUUCGAUCCUGGAACAGCUUCUGUAUGGGAAUCAUAUUGUUGGUUCAGAAAUGAUUGAAACCCAGGAAGACAUUUAUGUGGGUUCCAUUGAAACAGACCGGAAUAUGCGUGAACAGGUGCGUUUCUAUGACACCCGAGGCUUGAGGGAUGGAGCUUCCCCAUGCUUGGAGUUGCCCAAGCAUUGCUUCUCUUGCACCGAUGGAUUUGUGCUGGUUUACAGUAUUGACAGCAAGGAGUCUUUCAAGAGGGUAGAGAUUCUCAAGAAGGAAAUAGACAAAAACAAAGAUAAGAAGGAGGUGACUAUUGUGGUUUUAGGCAACAAAUGUGAUUUGCAGGAUCAACGCCGUGUGGACCAUGAUAUAGCCCAACACUGGGCAAAGACGGAGAAAGUAAAACUGUGGGAAACCUCAGUUGCUGACCGUCGGAGUCUCAUUGACCCCUUUGUCUACUUAGCCAGCAAAAUGACACAGCCACAGAGCAAGUCCACGUUCCCGCUCAGCCGCAAGAACAAAAGCAGUGGUUCUGUGGAUGGAUGAAACCCAGUUGUUGGACCACUAUUGCUGGUAAAAAUGUACGCAUGUAGGGCAAGGCUGGCCUUGCCACAGAGCAGAAACCAGUAGCAGAUACCAUAUAAGGCACCUCUUUUGUUCCUGCAGUCUCUAUAUCAUUUGUUUUUGUUUUGGUAGAAAGAAUUUUCCAUAUCCAAAACAAGAGUGUAGAACUUAUUAUUUUAAUAAGAAAAAAAUAUCAAGCAGAUAGUACCUGUAUAUGUUCAGUACCUAGUAUAUUAAAUGGUCAAUAUACUGCAUUAAAGGUUGGAUUUUUAAUAUUCUUUUACUCAAACCAUUUUUUUUUUUUACUGUUUAAAGACUCCACAUUUUAAAUCUGAAAAUAGCUGUUAGGAGUACUAAGUUGUAUUCUUGAUUUGAAACCUGAAGGGUGGUGUAGUAGAAAUAUCCCAGCCUUCCCAGAAAUAUGUUAGGUUGUGGAAAAGUGGGGGAUGGGUCAUGGAUAUAGCAACGUGAGGAAGAAUGGAACAUUCCUUCAGUCGGUAUUGAAGCCUUCCUGGCCAAGUUAUUCCACCAUCUUCCAUGUUCCUGAAUUAGCAGAUUCUAGAAUGUUUUUUUUUUUAGAAGCCAACUGUACUUUUAUAAGGAGACCAAUUUGUGGAGAAGAGGAAAUAGAAAGUUUAGAAAAGCACAUUGGGGGUAAUAAUUUUUAAGUGAUCUUUUAUGCAUCAUUAACUUGAUCUGGAUUUGAUUUUGUUUUGUGAAUGUCUUUUCCAAACACUGUGACCUUGUGUUCCUGAUCUGGAUAAUGGAUGUAACAACUCAUAUAAUUGAUAUCAUGAUAAAAUGGAUUCAACUCAGAAUAAGAUUAAAUGCAUUGAGAAAUUAUUUCUAUGUUAGUUGCUUAUGAAUUCUUGAAAUGCAGAUUAAAAACAGAUU